UCGUGAUGUGUGGGCAUUUGUUGAUAAGAAGUGUUUGCCAGUGAAAUCAAAUUAUGAAUGGAAAAUAACACGUGUGGUUGAAAUGUUAACCGCUAAAGAAAUAGAAUUUGCAAAACAGCUGUUGGCAUACUUGGACACAAAUGACCUAAUAUCUUUGACAAAAACAACAACAAAUGAUGUCAUUGUACCGACUUCAAGAAGUGAUGCAACUGCAGCAAUUUUGCUGCACACAGAGACAAUUGAUGUUCUGCUUAGCAGGAAAAAAUUAACCAAAGAAGUACUGUUUAAAUACUUGCAUGAUAGACAGCAAUGUGUUUCUUUGAGUGAGCCUAAGGAUAAGCUUAGAAAACGCAUUUUGCAACUCUUGGGUAUAAGUAAAAAAAGAACUACUGUGAGGUUUGAAACUGGUAAUUAUAACUGUGAGAACAGAUCUGAUGAUUCUGGAGCUGGUUCUGAUGUCUCAGGCUCAGAAGACUGUGACGGAAGAGGUGGAGACAGUCAUCACUAUGGUUUGGAGCUUCACAAUUCAAAUCCACUGUCAGACUCUACAGGUGUUCCAAAUAUUGUGCAGGAUAGAGGUAGAGGUACAUACCAGGAUCCCACAGUAACUACUGAUGCAGUGUGCCAUAUGAGUGGAGAUAAUAGAAUAGCUGUUCAGGCAAACUUUCCUAUCACCGAAUUCAGUCAGCAGUUUGUGACCUGGUUCUAUAAACUUCUGAAUGCUGGUGGUGUUGGGGAAGAACACUUUUGGGCAGAUGCAGCAGCAGAAAUGUUGUUAUUGCCAGGAGAGCAGGUCAGCCAAGGUAGUGCAGCCAGUGGUGUUUCCCAGUUGCUUGACUGGGUUAGAAACCAGUUGGGUCUUGCUUUUAAUCCUAAUGUGACAAGAGAAGGUGUCCGUGGUAGGUUUGAUCCACACGGACUUAUAACAAUUGUUGCAUGUGGAACGCUACACACUCCAGAUCGGUGUGUUGGUGUCUUUACUCAGAAAUUUGCUCUCGCAAGAGAUCCUUUCUCAAACAACAACUGGAAAGUGAAGAACACUAAGGGAGUUCUCCGUUGCCCUGGCAAUGCACUGGAUCAGAGUACAUUAGUAAUACCCACACUUGACAGUGCAGCUUCUGACAUAGCAUUACUAGAGCCAUCUUGAACAUAUUGCUGGUCUGAGUGGAACAUUCGUUAUUACUGUUGAGUGUUAUAGCUCAAAUUUGAUCUACCUGAUUAAACAGAGUAACUCUGUCAUUAGAGUUAAGUUCUGUACUUGGACAGGAGACCGAAUGGUGGGUGUGAAUACAUGUGCUUAUAUGUUUCAGUGUAUUAAUAACUAAUUUAUGAAGCAUAAAGAAGAUAAUACUCCCAGAGUUGGGUUUUCAUUUAUCACUCACACUAAAUUAUUUUUCUAUAAUAAAAAAGGAAUGGUUGUACUACUUUAAGUAGCCUGUGUGUGAAAAAAUUGUAGAAUAUGUAAAUUAAAAACUAAUAUUGUAUUCCUUGUAAAUGAAGCUACAUAUCCAAACCACAUUGGAUAAUAAACACUGAGUGACUGGUGA